UUCACACACUGCAAGUGCUGUGUUGCUGUGUCAGUCAUCCUAUUCGGGCCGACGAACUGGCUGGGGAUUGGCUGGCCGCCGCUGGGAGGGAUUUGUCGGAAGGAAGGGCUGCAGCUUACAGCAACAGAGUUUAGACUGUCUUUGCUUCAUCAUCUGAAGGCAAAAUUUUCCAGAUACGGCAGACGGCUCUCAGAGUACAAUAACCAGGGAACGAGCACUAUUUACAUGGACAUUUCUUCCUCCUGAAGCAGUGAGAAGCCUGGGCUACCUGAUUCUGCCAUCUCUUCCUGGGGUUACUGUAAAUAAGAAGGACAGACAGACCUAAACAAGGUUUAUGAUUUAAACGUGCCUGUGUAAAGUCACUUGUACCAGAAACUGCAGCCUGGUGGCUCUUUGUGGGUUCAAAUCUUGUUUUUCUGUCAACACACAGUAUCCUGACCCUUACGAGUGGACGAAGAUACCUCACUUGUUUGACUUUGCCAAUUGCUUGAUUCAAAAUUGAAAAGUGUAGAAGGAAAAAAAAAUCCUGCUAAAAUAUGAACAUCUGAGUGGCUUAUACUCUAGCAUUGUCAAUAGCUGUAAGCCUCAGAACUAAAUAUUCUCCAAAGGAGUGAGUGCCAUAUUGAAGUCACUUUAUUAAAACCAGUUGUGUCUGCAAAACAGUCAAGAGACACGGACGCUUACAGCCAGAGAUGACACUGAAUGUGCUUUUAUUGUGGCCCCCUGUCUUCAAGUGGGACAUAUUGAUUGACGAGUGACACCCGUCAAUAAAUUCUCUUCUCACUCGGCUUUCUGGAUUGGACUUCAUUAAGCAAUUUAUCGCUUACCUUAAGACUUACAUGUGGGAUUGUUCACAACAGUAGUUUUGGAAUUAUUGGAAGUUGGGUUGAUAUCAUCAUUUAACAGAAACUAACAAAAUUCGAUUAACUUUUUCACCAUGGCUUUGAACGUUGCCCCCGUCAGAGAUACAAAAUGGCUGACGUUAGAAGUAUGCAGACAGUUUCAAAGAGGAACGUGCUCACGCUCUGAUGAGGAGUGCAAAUUUGCUCACCCCCCAAAAAGUUGCCAGGUUGAAAACGGAAGAGUAAUUGCCUGCUUUGAUUCCCUGAAGGCCACACCUGCAAAUCUUCCUGUAUCUUCCUACGUAUGCCAUGCCAUUGAAGCAACAGAGAAAAGGGAACGUGCCCCAAAAGAGAAGACUGGCCGCUGUUCAAGAGAGAACUGCAAGUAUCUUCACCCUCCGACACAUUUAAAAACUCAGCUAGAAAUUAAUGGGAGGAACAAUUUGAUCCAGCAAAAAACAGCAGCAGCGAUGCUUGCCCAGCAGAUGCAAUUUAUGUUUCCAGGAACACCCCUCCAUCCGGUGCCCACCUUCCCUGUAGGUCCUGCAAUAGGGACAAAUACAGCAAUUAGCUUUGCUCCUUACCUAGCGCCGGUAACCCCUGGAGUUGGCUUAGUCCCAACGGAAAUUCUACCCACCACACCUGUGAUCGUUCCUGGAAGUCCGCCUGUCACUGUCCCGGGCUCAACUGCGACUCAGAAACUUCUCAGGACUGACAAACUGGAGGUAUGCAGGGAGUUCCAGCGAGGCAACUGCGCCAGGGGGGAGACCGACUGCCGCUUCGCACACCCUGCAGACAGCACCAUGAUCGACACAAACGACAACACCGUAACCGUUUGUAUGGAUUACAUAAAGGGGCGUUGCAUGAGGGAGAAAUGCAAAUAUUUUCACCCUCCUGCACACUUGCAGGCCAAAAUCAAAGCUGCGCAGCACCAAGCCAACCAAGCCGCGGUGGCCGCCCAGGCAGCCGCGGCCGCGGCCACAGUCAUGACUCAGUCGACUGCCAAAGCAAUGAAGCGACCUCUCGAAGCAACUGUAGACCUGGCCUUCCCUCCUGGUGCUCUUCACCCCUUACCAAAGAGACAAGCACUUGAGAAAAGCAACGGUACCAGCGCCGUCUUUAAUCCCAGCGUCCUUCACUACCAGCAGGCUCUGACGGGCGCCCAGCUGCCGCAACACGCCGCGUUUAUCCCGACAGUACCCAUGAUGCACAGCGCUACGUCCGCCACUGUCUCUGCAGCAACAGCUCCUGCAACAAGUGUCCCCUUCGCAGCAGCAGCCACAGCCAAUCAGAUAAUUCUGAAGUAAUCAACAGGAACGGAAUGGAAUGCCAAGAAUCUGCAUUGAGAAUAACGAAACAUUGUUACUGUACAUACUAUCCCGUUUCCUCCUCAAUAGAAUUGCCACAAACUGCAUGCUAAAUAAAGAUUUAGUUCUUCUGGACAGACCACAAACUCUAAGAAGCUAGUGCUGCUAUAUCAUAUAUGAGUAUUAAAUAUGGUAUGCUUAGUAUAUUCCAACCUAAGAUAGUUAACGACCUGAUACCAGCUGUGAUGUUUAAAGACAUAAAGGGUAAAGUUUACUUUUAAAGGGUUUCUAAACAUAGUUUCUGUCCUAGGAAUAUUGUCUUAUCUCCAUAACUAUAGCUGAUGCUGAGAGUCCCACCAAUUUACUCAUUUCGACUCAGAUUAUCUCCAAUUUAGCAAUAAGCAGUUAGCAUUAGUUAAAACACCUAUUCCAAGGACGAUUCCAAUUCUAACUUCAGGUUACUGUCAUUUCGCUUCCCCACUGAUGGAAGGGUGCGUUUCACUUCUUGACAAGAUGAAUGCAGCAGCAAAGACAAGAAGUGAAGUAAAAGCGAGAACCUGUCCUACAGGUCUAAAAUCUGAAUGGAAAUUCAAGCACAAGGACGAGGGACACAUCAAAGUGUGGUAUUUGGUUUGCCUGGAGAUGCCUCGUUGAAUCGUGUGAUUCUAGAGUAACAUUAAAUAGAUUGAAAACAAAACUUUGCACGGUAUGAGCUUCAUACCCCACCCAACAAAGUCUUGAAGGUAUUAUUUUACAAGUAUAUUUUUAAAGUUGUUUUAUAAGAAAGACUUUGUAGAAGUGCCUAGAUUUUGCCAGACUUCAUCCAGCUUGACAAGAACGAGAGGCCCAUACCAACAGCCUGCUCUAAGGGAUUAGUCUUUCGAACUCACCGUCGGGUUGCCUGCUACAGAAUAACUCUUCUAAACUAAAACCUAGUCCAACAAGGAAGCUGUAGGUGAGGAGAUCUGUAUAAUAUUCUAAUUUAAGUAAGUCUGAGUUUAGUCACUGAAAAUUUGACUGUGACUUUAAUCUAAAUUGCUAUGUAAGCAAAAAGUAGAUAGUUUCACUUUAAAAAAAAAAAAUCCAUUACUGUUUUGCAUUUCAAAAGUUGGAUUAAAGGGUUGUAACUGACUACAGCAUGGAAAAAAAAUAGUUCUUUUAAUUCUUUCACCUUAAAGCAUAUUUUAUGUCUCAAAAGUAUAAAAAACUUUAAUACAAGUACAUACAUAUUAUAUAUACACAUACAUAUAUAUACUAUAUAUGGAUGAAGCAUAUUUUAAUGUUGUUUACUUUUUUAAAUACUUGGUUGAUCUUCAAGGUAAUAGCGAUACAAUUAAGUUUUGUUCAGAAGGUUUGUUUUAAAGUUUAUUUUAAGCACUAUCGUACCAAAUAUUUCACAUUUCACAUUUUAUACGUUGCACAUAACCUAUACAGUCCCUGCAUAGUUUUUAAAUUAUUGUUUAAAAAGCAAAACGGUUGUUAUAAAUGAACAUUAUGUGUAAUUGUUUAAAACAUCCAUUUUCUUUGUAAACAUAUUAGUGAUUGAAGUAUUUUGACUUUUGAGAUUGAAUGUAACAUAGUUUAAAUUUUGGCAUCACUGCCUGUUCUGAAAACUCAAUGCACCAACCAUAUCAUUCUUUGUUUGAGAAAAAAAAGAAAUCUGCCAUUUUAAUUCAUGUUGAUCGAAGUCGAAUUACUAUCUAUUUAUCUUAUGUCGUAGACUUGAUCACCCUAUCAAAAGAAAAUCACAUUCUGGGUGUAAUCCUACAUAGUGCUUGUACCGUUGCGUUAGGUUUAAUUUGUGGAAGAGUAUUGUAUCUAACCUGUGUUACUUUGGUAGUUUCUUCUUUAUGUGUUAUUGAUAUUUGUAAUUUUCUCAACGAUAACAAUGUAGUUACGCUACAACUUGCCUAAAGCAUUCAAACUUAUUUUCUUUUUUCUUGUUUUCUUUGUUAAUAACUAUUCAUUUAAACUCCUUGAAAACAUAGUAUACAUUACUAAAAGGUAAAUUAUGGGAAUCACUGAAAUAUUUUUGUAGACUAAUGGUUGUAACAUUGUCUUUUCUUUUUUUCGUUUCGUGAUUUUUACUUUAAAAAUUAUUAUCACACAACUGUUUUCAGCCCUUUAAUAGUGGAUGCAUCGAAAACAUCACCUGUAUCCCCAAGCAGAUGUAGAAGACUGUAUUUUUACUAUGAUAUCCAUUUUCCAGAAUUGUGAUUACAAUAUGCAAAGAGUCAUAAAUAUGCCAUUUACAAUAAGGAGGAGGCAAGGCAAAUACAUAGAUGUACAAAUAUAUGUACAACAGAUUUUGCUUUUUAUUUAUUUAUAAUGUAAUUUUAUAGAAUAAUUCUGGGAUUUGAGAGGAUCUAAAACUAUUUUUCUGUAUAAAUAUUAUUUGCCAAAAGUUUGUUUAUAUUCAGAAGUCUGACUAUGAUGAAUAAAUCUUAAAUGCUUUGUUUAAUUACAAAAAAAAUCACCAAUAUCCAAGACACGAAGAUAUCAAUUCAACAAAUACUGUAGUUAAGAGACUAAAUCGCCACUUGUACGGGAACUACAUUUCACUCUUGGUUUUCAGGAUAUAACAGCACUUCACCAAAACAUUCUUUCAGCCAUACCACUGGUAACAUUUCUACUAAAUCUUUCUGUAACACUUAAAGAAUUCCCUCAUUCAUUACCUUACAGUGUAAACAGGAGUCUAAUUUGUAUCAAUUCUAUGUUUUGGUUGUAAUAUUCAGUUCACUCACCCAACAGUGCAACCAAUGAAAUAAAAGAAGCAUUUAAAA